AUGGAUGACAGCGUAACGAAGGAAGCUGGAAUAGCAACGGAGGUGAACGCCAGCGAUUUCAGAAGCGUAAAAUUUCCAGUUUUUUGGAAGGAUGACCCCAAGCUAUGGUUCGCCAUGUUGAAGAAGGAAUUUUCCGCGUACGGGGUAAGGUCCGAUGCUGUAAAGUGUGCAGCAGUCCUCCGGCAUUUGGAUGGAAAUGUCAUCAGAGUCGUGGCGGACAUUAUCUCAGCCCCGGACUGCGAAGAUUCAAACGCAACUGCGCCAACUCCUACAGAGAUCGAGCUAAACGGGCGGAAACCAUCAGAAUUGUCGCGAGAAAUGCAAUUGCUCGCCGGCGCUAAGGUCAGUGUAAGCGUUUUACAAACGUUAUGGCUUCAACGUUUAUCCACGCGGGUGCAAGAAAUCCUCGCUGUGGUUGAUGAUGUAGCAUUAGACAAGUUGGCAGCACUGGCGGACAAAACAAUCGAAAGAUCGGUGUUUACGGAAGUGGCGGCCAUUACGGAGGACGAUCCGGAUAUGCGUCGUGGUGCAGCAUCGCGAGAACAGAACGCAGAAAUUGCUGUGUGA